GCCACCCAUCUUCGAGGCUCACCUGCCGUUAAACGUCAUGGAAGAUUCUCAGAGUGAGCCACAGCGGAUAAUACGACGCCACCACCGCGAGAGGAAAGAGCUGCAGGCCCGCAUCCAGGGCAUGAAGAACUCGGUGCCCAAGAGCGACAAGAAAAGAAGAAAGCAGUUGCUCCUAGACGUGGCCCGCCUCGAGGCCGAGAUGGAGCAGAAGCACCAGCAGGAGCUGGAGACGUUCCGAGAGAGUUUCCCUGGUGACGGCAACCUCGACUCCGUCACAGAAGAUCUCUCCAAGAUGAAUCUUGAGAACCAGCCUCCCCGCCAGUCGAGGGCACAGAGAAGGCGCGAAAGAAGGGCGGCCCUCGAGAGAGUGCGCCAGGAGAGGAUGGCCAAGGCCGAGAUGGAGCAGCAGGCCAGCUUCCGCCGCGAUGAGGAGGAGAAGCUCGCCGCCAUCUUACGGGCCAAGAAUCUGGAGCUGAAGGAUAUGCCGGCCGACGGCCACUGCAUGUAUCGCGCCAUCCAAGACCAGCUGGCGUUCUCCGUGACGGUGGAGAGCCUGCGGAAACGCACCGCCAAUUACAUGCGCAAGCACGUGGACGACUUCCUGCCCUUCUUCCGCGACCCCGACACCGGCGACGCCUACAGUCGCCAAGAUUUCUUGAGCUACUGUGACAACAUCGUGCUCAGCCCGUCGUGGGGAGGCCAGCUCGAGCUGAGGGCCCUGUCGCACGUCCUGCAGACCCCCAUCGAGGUGAUCCAGGCCGAUUUGCCUGCCGUCGUCAUCGGGGUGGAGUACAGCAGGAAGCCGCUCACCCUCGUCUACCUGCGCUACGCCUGCAACCUCGGCGAGCACUACAGCUCGGUGAGACCCUUCAAGGCCGCCGCCGCCGCGUCUCGUCAAUGAGAAUUGGUCAUGCCCCAGGUGCCUUUGAGAUCAAAAUGGAAACUUGGUUCGAUGCAUUCCUAACUGGGGACAAAAUAGUUUAGCUCGGGAUCUUAGGAUCGUCCCGUGAAUUCAUUGGAUUUUAGAUAAAGGUGGAGUUUC